AGGCAUCAAAAAAAAAAAAAAAAAAAAAAAAAAAAAAAAAAAAAAAAAAACUAUAAAAGCAACAACUCAAGAUCCAAUAAUACUAGCCUCUUAUUCUAUUACACUUUAUCUUCUGCUAUAUAUUAAUUUUUUGCUUAGUAGUUUUUAUACUAUCCACUUCUCUCUUUUGUAAAUUCUCUUUUUGCUCUAAUUUCCAUAAUUUUUGUUCUUUUCUUGUUGAUCUAUAUUAUCCAAUCCAUCCAUGUCUUAUACAAUUAAGCAGCUAGCUUCGAAACAAGGAUGAGAUGAUGAGCAAUAGACACUGAUAUGCAUGUGGGACUACUAAGAAAAUCACCUCUACCUAUCAUUUCCUAACGCAGCUGAUCCGUGCCACGUCUAAUUCUGCGAAUUCUAGAUGUCCCAAAGCUUCAACCAAGGCCUAUUCAGUUUCUCAAAUGGGUAUGAAAGAUCCAUGACCACAAAGCACAUACCAAGGGCACAAGGCCUCGAACCACCUCUGCCGGUACCAAUACAAGAUGAAGUACCAAGUCAGCUGCCACUAUAUGAUCAAACGACCGGGAUGCUGUCAGAGAUGUUUGAUUUUGUGCAGGUACAAACGGCAGCUACUGACAUCUUGGACAAUCAGAUCUCAUCAAAUUAUGUUAGAUGGCCACAAAAAGUGCAGCCCCCAGAAAUGGUAAACGAGGUUCAGCUUGGCCUCGUGAACCCUCAUGUCGAAGCAUCUUCACCAUCCUCGACUAAAUCUCCUUAUCAGCACAUGUUACAUCGCUACCAAUCGAAUCCUCAUUUUCGAGGGUUUCACUCAGAUGGCUUAGCGGCCGCAGCUGAAGAUGGUGUUGAGACCGGUGUGAUGAAUCCCCCGGUUCAAUUCACUUGGGUAAGCGGUAGCAAUGGUACUGGAGAUGGUGAGAAUAGCAAAAUUGGAGGGGUUGUGGAGAGUCAAGGCCUUUCUUUGUCCUUGUCAUCUUCAUUGCAACACUUGGAAGCGGCGAAAUUUGAGAAAUUAAGAGCAGAAAAUGGUGGGAUGUUCUACUAUAAUCAAGAAGUUGGGAGUUCUAACCCUUAUGGGUUGAAGAAUUCUGGUGCUAAUCAGCAACCGAUGCGUUUGCAAGGAAUGAUGGAUCAAAAUCUCCAUGUUGGAUUUGGUACAUCUCUAGGAAUAGUGAAUGUUUUGAGGAAUUCCAAGUAUUUGAAGGCUGCCCAAGAAUUGUUGGAAGAGUUCUGCUGUGUUGGAAAAGGCCAGUUAAAGAAUCGAAGGCCUAGGAAGCAUGAUAUAAACUCUAAUUCUAGUAGAAAAGAUGGUUGUGGUGUAGGAUCUUCUUCUUUAAUGGAGCACCCUCCUUUAUCAGCUGCUGAUAAGACUGAAUAUCAAAGGAGGAAGGUCAAGUUAUUGUGUAUGCUUGAUGAGGCAUGUUCUCUCUCUCUCUCAUGUGCAUAUAUACAUAAACAUACACAGAUAUCAAUGGAACAUGUAAUUCCGGUGGAUGGAAGAUACAGUCAUUAUUGUGAACAAAUGCAAGUAAUGGUGAACUCAUUUGAUUCAGUGAUGGGUUAUGGAGCUUCAACUCCAUACACAGGUCUAGCCCAAAAGGCUAUGUCACGCCAUUUCCGGUGCAUAAAGGACGCAAUAGCAGCACAAUUGAAGCUAACAUGCGAGUUGCUAGGCGAAAAAGAGGUCAUGGGCACAUCAGGCUUGACAAAAGGAGAAACACCGAGGCUUCGUUUGCUUGAGCAAAGUUUUAGGCAGCACAAAACCUAUACUCAAAUGGGGUUAAUGGAUACUGAAGCUUGGAGGCCCCAAAGAGGCCUACCUGAGCGUUCUGUUAACAUACUCAGAGCCUGGCUUUUUGAGCAUUUCCUUCACCCGUAUCCAAGCGAAGCUGACAAGCAUUUGUUGUCUCGGCAGACUGGUUUGUCCAAAAAUCAGGUAUCAAACUGGUUCAUUAAUGCAAGGGUUCGGUUGUGGAAACCCAUGGUUGAAGAAAUGUACCAACAAGAGGCCAAGGAUGAGACAACAAUGGAAGAAGCAAUUAGUGACCAAUCCAACUCACAUGCCCAUCAUAAUUUCACAUCUUCACAAACCCCAAUGCAAACGACAACUAUACCAUUAAUACCAGACAAAAGAUCCCAUAUCAAUGCCACGGAAAACGACCCUUCAAACGACACCAUCAAUUCUAGGCAGCAGCAGCACUACUCCUCGGGAAACCAAGUCAAGCCCCAUGCUGGUAUCACCACCACCACCACCUCCUCCUCCUCCUCCGCAAGCCGCCACGCAGGGCCACUGCAUCACUGUUUUACGGUGACCCAUGAACCCGGCAUGCGUCACCCGCGUACUGGAGGUGCAAGCAUGGCAUCCACGCCUUUAAGGCUCGGGAUAACGCCCGGCGAAGUGUCGCUUACGCUGGGGCUCCGGCACACUGACAGCAUGUUGGAGAAGAGCCAGCUUUCGAUAAGAGAAUUUGGGGCCUGUUAGUACUCAAUUUGAUUCAAAUAUAUAUAUAUAUAUAUAUAUAUAUAGAAGUGUUUCGAUUCCAUGGGUGAGGAAUAUAUAAUAGAAUAUAUAAUAGAGCAUAAAAUUAGAUAGUAGCUAUUUGAUAUGGAUUGUAAUUGUACAGCAGGAGGUUUAUUCAUGUCUGAACUGAGGUUGAACAUGUGAAACUAAAGAUUGAACAAGAGAGUUGACUAGCUAUAUAUAUAUAUAUUAUUAGGAAUAAUUGUAAACCAGUAUAUUAUUUUCUUUUAUUUAGAUGAUAUAUAUAAGCUAUUUCUUUGUA